UAUUUUGCUAAAAUUUUGUAUUUAUGUUCAUAUAUGUAGAGUCUAAUAUCAUUCACCCUCCAUCUUAUAUCAAUCAAUUUGUCACAUACAUUCAUUCACCCUCAAAUGCUCUCCACACUUAUUUUCUACCUCUUUAUUACAACUCUUGCAAAUUCCAUUACAAUCCCAUUUGAACAAGACCACAUUCUCAUCAACUUUGGCCUACCAAAAAAUUCUCCACAACUUAUCGAUAACCCCGGUGGUACAUGGCAGAGCGAUCAAGACUUCAUCCUCACUUCGCUAUCUGCCACCAGUAACUCCAUUGCUUUUGCAGUGGAGGCUACAACUCCCUAUAAUAUGGCCCGAAUAUUUCGGACCACGACAACAUAUUCCAUACCUGUUACUACGUGGGGGCCCAAACUAAUCCGCCUCUACUUUCCACCCCUAUCCAUAUCCUACGACAUCAUAGAUACCAAAUCAUCUUUUCUUUCGCUCACAAUUAAUGGGUUUAAUAUUUUGCGCAACUUUAGCGCGUACGCUGUUAUGGCCCACGCUAAUGCGCACACCAACACCACCGCGCCGGUAACAGACGGUCUUGUAAGAGAGAUUUACAUCUCUUUAGACGAAGGAGAGGGGCAAAGGGCUAUAAACCUAACUUUCUCACCAAGUAACCCGGAUGGAUUUGGGUUUAUAAACGGGUUAGAGAUUAUAUCUGUGCCGGAUGGGUUGUAUGUUAACCGUUCGUCAUCCAAUAUGGUUCCAUAUCUUGAGGGUGGGUUUCAAAAUUAUUUGAAUAACCCGUUUAAUUUUUCGGAUUCAAUAGCUAUGGAAAAUAUUAUCCGGUUGAACGUUGGCGGGCCGACUGUGGAUCCGAGUGAGGAUUCCGGACUUCGCCGGACUUGGUUCGGCAUAGACGAUGACUACAUGAGUUAUGGUCUAAACUCCACAAUAUCCUACGACGAUACUACAAUCAAUUAUACGGUUGCAACACUAUCGUAUACGGCGCCAGAAUUAGUGUACUUGACAAUGAGGGAGAUGGGACCAUAUGUUGGAGAAUUGAAGAAAAACCAAAAUUUGACAUGGUUGUUCGAGGUCGAUGUUGGAUUUAAUUAUCUUGUGAGGCUCCAUUUUUGCGAGUUAGAUUCCACAAUCAACAGCAAUGACCAAAGAAGUUUCGACGUUAGUAUCAACAAUCAAAUGGGUGCACAUGAUAUUGAUGUUUUUGCGCUAACUGGUGGCAUUUUCAUUCCAAUGUAUCGAGAUUUCGUUACGCUCUUUGAAGGUAGUGAUACCAUCAUAGCUAGUGUCGAAACCAGAGGUCUUCUUUCAGUGACACUUACUCCCGACCCUACCACAACGUAUAAUGAUGUCAUGCUCAAUGGAUUGGAGAUUUUCAAGUUAAGUUCUUCAAAUGGUUCUCUUGCUGCACCAAAUCCUACUCUUGCUGCACCAAAUCCUACUUUCCCUUUACAAAGACAUGAACAUGGUCUAACCAAAAUCAUGAUCAUCUUCAUCAUACUUGGAAUUGGAAUAGGCAUAUGCAUGUUAAUUGCACUAAUCCUCUUGUACAAAAAGAUGAACUCGCUGAUCGAGAAAAGUAAAGAAAUUGAAACAUUGUUGAAACAACAUGGAUCCCUCGGUCCAAAGAGGCAUACUUAUGCAGAUUUGAAGAGAAUUACAAACUCCUUCAAAAUCAAGCUAGGUGAAGGAGGUUACGGUAUUGUAUACAAAGGAAAACUACAUUGUGGGGAUCAAGUGGCAGUGAAAAUUCUCAAGAGAUCAUCGAAUCGAGAUAUGGAUAUGGUGGAAUUCAUCAAUGAAGUUGCAAGUAUCGGAAACACCAAUCAUAAAAACAUUGUGAAACUCCUAGGCUUUUGUUACGAGGGUUCAAAACGCGCUCUUAUAUAUGACUACAUGCCUUGCGGAUCUCUUGAAAAGUUCACACAUGGGGGUAGAGACGAAAACAAUCAACAACUCUCAUGGAAAAGUUUAUUUGAAAUCGCGAUUGGGAUUGCAAGAGGGCUAGAGUACUUGCACCAAGGGUGCAACACGAGAAUAUUACACUUUGACAUUAAGCCCCAAAACAUUCUAUUAGACGAGAAUUAUUGCCCCAAGAUAUCUGAUUUUGGCCUGGCUAAGAUAUGCCCACAAAAGGACAGCAUAAUAUCAAUGUCAGAUGCCAGAGGAACUGGAGUGUACAUUGCACAUGAGGUUUUCUUCAAGAGAUUUGGCGGAGUUUCUCAUAAAUCAGAUGUUUAUAGUUACGGAAUGUGGGUUUUGGAAAUCGUUGGGUGUCGAAAAAAUAUUGAUGCGAAAUUGGAACAUAGUAGUGAGCAGUAUUUUCCGCAUUGGAUUUACAAGCAACUCGAGGAAGUUGAAGAGAUCGAUCAAAUCGACACCACAAACAACAACGAGGGAUCAGUACUCAAAAGGAAGAUGGUUGUAGUGGGUUUAUGGUGCAUACAAACCAACCCCUUCACCCGACCAAAUAUGACUCGAGUUGUAGAAAUGCUCGAAGGAACACUCGACUUGCUGCAGAUUCCUCCGAUUCCAUCUCUUGCUUCUCCUUUGAGAUCACACGAAAUUUCUACCACUCUAGAUGAAAUCUUAUUAGGUGGACUUUUUGUAUCCUCCAUUUGAUGGUCUAGUUAGACAAUGUAGCCAUUAUAGUGAGCUUUUUAGCUUUGUGUAAAUGAUUGUCUCCAAUAAGUGCAACAUAAUUUGCUAGUUAAUUCGCUUAUGUUAUAUUUGGAAACGAUGAUUAUUGGUUUAAUUUCAUGUUUGGCAAAUCAAUGAAUUCAAUUUUGAAUUGAAGUCAUUUCUACCAUUGUAUUAAAAGUAGAUAAAGU